GCUGCUUCUGUAAGCUGUUGUUUGGUUCUUCAAAAGCAAAUUGUGCUUUUCAUGAGCACAGCAGUCUCUGCUCCUGUUUUUAUGUGACUGCUUUAUUUUCACGCACUUUACUGGUCUGCUGGAGUGUUACUGUCAUAACAGACAGACAAGCAAGAGGAACAGCAAUGGUUUCAACAAGAGCACUCAGCCUUCUUCUUGUUGCCCUUCUUUUCUCUGUUCAAGUGGUGCAGAAUAAGGCUGGCUGGGGAGUGACUUACACUACAGCUAAGAUAUGUGCCUCCAAUGGAUCAACAGUGGAAAUGAAAUGCACCUACACAUAUCCUGCAGGGUAUACCGUUACAGAAGAAUUCUGGUGUUUUGAAAACAACGAGAACCUCAAAGGCAACUUAGAUUACAAAGAUCGGAUUCAGUACAACUGUACUGAGAAAAGUUGCACUAUGAAAAUGGCAGACUUGAAAUGGACAGACUCCCGUGAAUACAGGUUCCGUUUCAUAACAGACAAAACUGAAGGAAAAUAUACUGGUGUACCUGGAAUCACUUUGUCUAUCACAGCUUUGCAGGUAGAGGUGACAAAAAUAAGAGUAAAUGAGUCUUGUACCAAAGCGGAGCUGAAGUGUAAGAGCAGCUGCACCGGAGAUGUUUCUUAUGUCUGGCUCAAGAAUGGAAAGGAGGUUACAGAAGAAAAUCCUUACAUAACCAGCCUUCAGUUUAAUGACAGCAUCUGCUGUGCUUUGAAAGGACAAGGAAAAUACUGCUCUGCUUCACUGUAUGCUCCAAAGCUUCCCUCUGUGUCAGUGAGUCCCUCUGCUGAGAUAGUGGAGGGCAGUUCAGUGACUCUGACCUGUAGCAGUGAUGCUAACCCAGCAGCUAAUUACACCUGGUACAAGGAGGGUGGACAAACACCCCUGUCCAUUACAAAACAGCUCAGCUUCCCGUCGAUUCAGUCAUCCGACUCUGGAGUGUAUAACUGCACAGCACAAAAUGAGCUGGGAAUCAGGAAAUCCAAACAUCUUCUUAUAAAUGUAAAAUAUGCUCCAAAGCUUCCCUCUGUGUCAGUGAGUCCCUCUGCUGAGAUAGUGGAGGGCAGUUCAGUCACUCUGACCUGUAGCAGUGAUGCUAACCCAGCAGCUAAUUACACCUGGUACAAGGAGGGGCUAUUCCUGGCUUGGGCACCUGAUGGCGUUCAUCAUUUCACCUCAAUCAGCCCUGAGAACAGAGGAAACUACUCCUGCAAGUCAGAGAAUCAGUAUGGACAGAUCAACUCUUCACCUGUGUUUAUAAAUGUCCAGUAUCCUCCAAAGCUUCCCUCUGUGUCAGUGAGUCCCUCUGCUGAGAUAGUGGAGGGCAGAUCAGUCACUCUGACCUGUAGCAGUGAUGCUAACCCAGCAGCUAAUUACACCUGGUACAAGGAGGAUGAACCACUGCCUGUAGGACCAGAGGGCGUUCAUCAUUUCACCUCCAUCAGCUCUGAGGACAGAGGAAACUACUUCUGCAAGUCAGAGAAUCAGUAUGGACAGAUCAACUCUUCACCUGUGUUUAUAAAUGUUCAGUAUGCUCCAAAGCUUCCCUCUGUGUCAGUGAGUCCCUCUGCUGAGAUAGUGGAGGGCAGUUCAGUGACUCUGACCUGUAGCAGUGAUGCUAACCCAGCAGCUAAUUACACCUGGUACAAGGAGGAUGAAGACUCAGCAAAAGCAUCAGGACACAACUUCAUCAUUGAUAAGUUUAGUCCUGCACACAGUGGGGCUUACCAGUGUAAAGUCCAGAACAAGCUGGGAUUUCAUAGCUUGACCUUUCUCUUGGCUGUUGUGCGGUUAAGCGGGAAUGACACUGAAAUGUGGAAAGUCAUUGCUGGAACAGCGAUUGCCAUUCUUCUUGUUGUCGUACUCAUCUGGAUUUUAUUCUCGAUAUGGAAAAAGGAAAUCCCUAGAAAGCUCCCUGAGCCUACAAAAAGCCCAGGCACAAGUGCACAGAAGCAACCAGUAGAGCAGAAUUGCAACCUUCACUAUGCCAGCAUUCAGUUUUCUAAGAAGCAGACAGAUCCUCUCUAUUCCAACAUCAAAUCAAAGAAGCACAAGGAAGAAGAGGAAAAUAAAAUCCAGUAUGCUGCCGUUAAAGUUGCCAGUGUCAGUGUUGCACCAAGUAACAGAAACCAAGAAACUGAGGAGGAUCCAGCUACACUGUACAGCAGCAUCAACAAAGCACUCCAAAAAUAUAUGAACCAGAAUUAGAAACCACAAUACAGAAACCAACCCACUCUGUUUUUGUUAUGAUACAUGGUACAAAACAGUGCAUCCAGGAUACCAAACUUUGCUUCACCUAUUCGGAAGUAAAGUUCUGCAGAUACACUGUAUCACCAUAAGUGAUACAGUGUAUCUAACCCUAACCCUAAUCCACCCAUCCAAAUCAUUGAAUUUCGGUGUUCCAAUCACAUCCAUGUCCACAGGUGUGUAAAAUCAAGCAGCUAGGCAUGCAGACAUUGUGAAAGGAACUGAUGCCACCUGUCCAACAAGUUCAGUCAUGAAAUUUCUUAAUAAAGUCAACUGUUAGUGGUAUUAUAACAAAGUGAAAGUGACUGGGAAUGACAGCAAAGUGUGAGUAGAGGUAAAAAUAAAGUGGGGGUCAGUGGAUGCUGAAGUGCAUAGUGCGCAGAGGCCGCGAGCUUUCUGCAGAGUCAAUUGCUACAGACCUUCAAACUUCAAGUGGCCUUAAGAUUAGCUCUAAAACAGUGCACAGAGAAUCCCAUGGAAUGGGUUUCCAGGGCCGAGCAGUUGCAUCCAAACCUUACAUCACCAAGUGCAUUGCAUAGUGUCGGAUGCAGUACUGUAAAGCACACCACCACUGGACUCGAGAGCAGUGGAGACUUGUUCUCUGGAGUGAAAAAUCAUGCUUUAUUGAAGAACCUGACUAGCUGUACAGUCAAGUCCUGCACUGUCCUCACCCCAGUAGAACAGCGGUACCCAACCUUUUUUACACCACAGGCCGGUUUAAAGUCAGACAAUAUUGUCACAGAUCGACCUUUAAGGUGUCGCAGAAAAAUACAACAAAAUAAAUGAUAUGGUGUUUUGUAAAUAAAAUGAUAAACGCAAAUUCACUGUGUAAUUGUGUAAAUUUAUUAGCAGCGUUCUCCUGAAAUGCAACAACAACAUUGAGAGUAACAUCCUCCUCUCUGACCCUUAAUGCUCUCUGGUCGCUAUGGUAAUGUGUAAACAUUUCUUUCAAAAUAAGACACACAACUCCAACACGGGAAAAGAUCCAGGGAAACCGAGUUAAUGAUAACAACCCUGAAAUCCAUAAAUUCCUCAACUCUCAUGGCCCAGUACCAAAUGACUCACGGACUGGUACCGGUCCGUGGCCUGAGGGUUGGGGACCGCUCAUUUAAAGCAUAUGGAACAGAGGCUGACUGGCUCACAGAUGAUGGGUAGGAAAAUGCUUGGGCCAAAGGGAUGACAGAAUUCAGUUUGACAGUAUGGGAAAAAUGAUUUAGAGAGGAGACUGCAAGGCAGGCUUUCUCACCAACAUCAGUGUCUGAUUUCACAAAUGCACUUUUGGAAGAAUGGUUAAAAAUUGCCAGAAACACACUCCUAAACUUUGUGGAACACCUUAUCAGAAGAGUUGGGAUAUGAAGUUCAUAUGCAGACAAGCGAAUACUUGUGUAACGUAGUAACGUACGUUUCAGCCCUGCUGGAAAAAAAAGGAACAGUUUCCUUUACAGUCAUGGACAUCAAGAAUUUGUUUGUAUCGGGCCUGUAUUAUACCCCAAUAAUGCUCUAAUUUUGAGCAAGUGUCAAAACAAAAUUAAUUCUAUCAAAAGGAUUUCUUUUUGGAGUUUUUACUAUGUUAAUAAAUACAUCUACAAACAUACUAUUUCAGCAGCAAUUGCUUCCUUAAGAACAUGGAUGUUCUGGCGAAGAUGUAAUGCUGCCACUAGAUUCUAUUAUAUCAUGUUGUGUUUUACUAAUACAAACUGUAUCCAUAGUUGAUUAGUAACAGAGUUUUGUAAUGUAAACAUUUACUUUGCUUUGACAGUUUUUUUCAGGAACAUUGAGAGGCAUAGAAAAGAAACAGAGGACCGAAUGUGGAUAAAAAUAAAACAAAACAGGAUAAAAGACAAAACUUACUGAACAAACAAACUGGUGUGACCAUGUUGGUUGUUGGUGUCAUCAUACAAGUAUAUAUAUCUUAUCGUGUAGUUGGAGGUCAAAUGUGCUUGUAGAAUUUGUAUAUAUAUGUUAGUGCAAAAAAAAAAUAAAGAAUGUUAGGCAUG